CUGGCGGGCGGCCAGCUGGUGGUGGACCUGAGGGGCCGGGCCCUGUCCGCCGACGACUUCUGGGCCGCCAUGGUCGCCGCCUGCGCGCUGCCCGCCUGGUUUGGGUGCAACCUGGACGCCUGGCGGGACACGCUGGUGAGAGGCGGCAUCUCUCGCGUGCUGGAUGCGCAGCCGCUGGUGGUGCGGGUGGAUGCGGCGGGCAUCUUUGCCCCGGGAGACAGGUACGGGCGGGUGAUUGCGGAGAUAUUCGAGGAGGCGGCGGAGAGCGGGGCGCGGCUGGAGGUGGCGCUGCCAAACCGGGCGGCGCGGCGGCAGGCGGGGUAG